AUUUCCGCUACAUGUGAAUAAGUAACUCUUCUCUGCCGACUUGCACAUACGUCCGUACUAGGGACAAUCGAUGGACCAUUUCAAACGGCCUGAUUCGGAGCAAGCUAUCUUGCACUUCCUCGACCCUGAUGAGCGAGAAGUCUACCAUCGCACGAAGAAGAAUUCAAAAGGAACAUUCUUUGUCGAGAUAUUCCAUCUCAAAAAUAUCACGGAGCAGGAGUUUCUGACCAUACCCCGUGACCGAAUUGUUGAUGACAUCGCUCAUUAUCUGACGUUUCUCGGCCCUCUCCGUCCCAUUGACAAACUUGGCAAGGCGUACGAUAUCUGGCUGGACACAACACCGGACGAGGAGGCCGUGUACUAUAAACGCAGCUCCGGGGGCUGGGCUCACUGGGAAGUUGCUGCAGAUGUAUCAUUUCCGGGCAUUGAACGAGAACCUAGACAUCUCAUGUUCUUGCCAACUAAACAAUUCUCUAUCGUCGGCUGGUUUGUCACGUCCGCCCAUCGUCACAUUGCGAGGACCGUCUUGCAUAAGAAUGAUAUAGUGAGGUUGGCAUAUUUAAGCUUAACAGUUCGGCAUGGUUUCACUGUGUUUUGCAACAAGUUGCCAUCGCCAUUGUGGUCUUCUCUCGGCCAGCAGUUGAAUCGUAUGCGCAACAACGACAAUGUGCAGCGAUAUGUUAAAUUCGCCUUGCACAAUAUUUCUAAAUCUGACAUUAAGGACAAAGUGCAGAUGAAUGCUUUCCCUCCUGUAAUGAUAUUCACAGUAAAGGCUUGGACUGAUGGCCGGCAACUGCAUGAGGCGGACCAUGAAGCUGGAUAUGACCUUACAGUGGUCAACCGCCCUGGAAAACUGGCAAUGAGGCUUGUCGAACUCCAGCGCGGCAAGAAGAAAGCUCGAGACAGUUUGCUGUACAAUUGCACGCUGGAUCGCCAUGUUCAACUUGAGUAUUCCCUUACUUCAGAUGCAAACAAACAGUCGGCAAUACUUCAUUUGUUUCCCUCCAUGUAUCAUAAACUUGACGGAAAAGCUGUGCAUAUCAUGAUCAAAUUUGAGACCACGGAUCUUUCUUCAGCAGAGGCUAAAGACCUACAUUCAUUCUUUGAAAAUCUCUUGCCAUUGUUGCUUUUGAACCAUGCUCCAAAGAGACUUUGCCUAGACACGUUAUGGAACGAGAUGUGUCAAAGUGCAGCAGACACUCAACGCAAAUCCAUUCAUCCUGCCGGUGUCCACGAGAAGUGCUUGCAUGAUGAACGUGAACUACGAGAACACAAUGACGAACAAGACCCCCUUAGACCAUUCGGUAACCGACUUGCAGCGUAGGAAACGGUAUCCUCUUCGUCA